AUGGAAUUUUUGUCAGUGACAUUAGGCAGCAAGUCAGGAGUGGUUCGGGAAGAUAGUGUGAAUCUGAUGGCUUCCGACAAUCGGUCAAAAUCGGGAUGGCGACCUCAAAUGUCAGUGUGGUGGAUUGGAGCUGCUGCAGUGUGUGUGGGGUUUCUUCUGCUGAUUUUGAUCUUGGCCGUGGUGGCACACAAUUCCAAGGCCAUCGGUCAUCAGGACUCAAAGUGUGAAAACUUGAUCUCGAGCCUGAUCAUGGACAGAGACGCUCUGAGAGAUGAGCGAGACCAAAUGAAGGUGAAUUACGUCAACCUGACGAAGGAGAUGGAGGUGCUACAGAGCCAAUACAACGCUAUGGCUGUGAGUCGAGAUGCGCUGCAAGAGGAGGUCAACAGGUUCAAUGUCAGCAAAAAAGAUGAACCUUGCCCCCAAGGAUGGAAAACAUUCAAAGGCAAGUGCUACUAUUUCUCUUCUUCUGGACUGACUAAAUCUUGGCAAAGCAGCAGAACAGACUGUCAAGGAAGAGGAGCGGACCUGGUGAUCAUAACCACAAAAGAAGAGCUGGAGUUUGUCGUUAGAUCUUUUCCCAUAACCUGGAUUGGUCUGUCUGACUUGGAGACCGAGAACAAGUGGAAGUGGGUGGAUGGGAUUGAUCUGAUAGGUGAUGGAUUCUGGCAAGAAGGGGAGCCCAAUAAUAAUAAAGACAGUGAGGAUUGUGUCGAGGUCUCACGUGCAGCUAAGAGAUUUAAUGACGUGGCUUGUGGAUACAGAUUUUCAUGGGCAUGUGAGAAAUAAGGUCCUGUUGGCAUUUGUUAAUUUUUCAGUUGAUGCCAUUUACUCCCCGCCAUUUAAAAAAAAAUCUAAUUAGUAUUACUCUUACUGGUCUGGAAAUAAUAAACAGUUAUAGACAGUCUGAUUACAACUGUUCCUUUUAGUGGUCUCAAAUUGUUACUUCGGAAAUAAAAUAAAAUCAACUAAAAUAUAUAUAAAGCUGAUUCAUCCAUUUAAAAAAUGACUCUGAAUUACCUUUCUUCUAUCCUAACAUUGCCCAUUCAUAUUUUGUUCCUGAUUUUAUGAAUUUUCAAAGCAUAAAAAUGUCACACAAUACUGUGUCUUCUUGAUGUUUCUUCCACUGAUUAUAAAAUGAACAAUAAACUCCUAGAUGUAAUAAUU